ACCUCACUCUAGUUAUCAGAAAUAUUCUGUCGUUAAAUGCAGAAAUACUAUAGUAAUAGUCAACCAAAACAAACCUCUUCCACUUUUUCUUCCAGCCUUUGUGAUUGUCUUGGUUAGGAACUUGGCGAGAAUUUUGCUGAUUAUGUGGUGAAUUUGGCAAGUGUCUUCUCUCUUCAAAUUAGUACUAUAUAUAGCCAUGAAGAUUGUACUGAGUAUUUACAAUAGGCAAGUUGUUAUCAAUGAAGCUAAUCACUUUUUUUGCCUUGUUUUUCCUGCUACAAAGCACUGCUAUUUUUUCUUUUGUUGUUGCAGAUUAUUCUAUAGCAACAUCACAAUAUGGUGGUAACACUCCUCCACCUGUUACUAGUCAACCACCACCUUCUCAUGGCCAUCAACCGCCGAGUGCUCCGGGGCAAGCUCCACCACAACAUUCUCAUGGUCAUGUACCACCAUCUGUUGGUAGUCCUCCACCGCCGUCUCCAAUGAUUUCUUCACCUAAUCCCCCACCCUCUCAUGGACAUGGACCACCUUCUAAAGGACAUGCGCCACCUGGAGGAUAUCAUCCACCUUCACCCCCAAGUCAUCACGGGCAUCCUCCACCAUCAACACCAACACCAACUUACUCUCCUCCUCCUCAAGUGCAACCUCCAUAUUCACAACCAUCGGCGCCACCACAAUCACCACCCUCACAUGGACAUGCACCACCUCCUAAAAGGCACACACCACCUGGAAGACAUAAUCCACCAAGCCAUCAUCAACCUUCACCUCCCAGUCAUCAUGGACAUCCUCCCCCUAAACAUUUACAACCCCCACCAACUCCAAUUUACUCACCUCCUCCUCAAGUUCAACCUUCACCUCCGUCUUAUUCACCUCAUCCACCUACAUACUCACCGCCAUCACGCUCGCCACCUUCACAUGGACAUGCACCACCUCCUAAAGGGCAUAAGCCACCUGGAGGACAUCAUCCGCCUUCACCUCCGAGCCAUCAUGGACAUCCUCCACCAACGUACUCGCCUCCUCUACCAACAUACUCGCCGCCGCCACCUCCGCUAACAUACUCUUCUCCCCCUGCACCAACGUACUCCUCUCCUCCACCUACACAUUCUCCAUCACCACCUCCGCCAACGUACUCUUCUCCUCCACCUGCACAAUCAUCACCACCUCCACCAACAUAUUCCCCUCCUCCACCACCUCCACCAUCAUACACUCCUCCUCCACCUGCACAAUCACCCCCUCCUCCACCAUCAUACUCCCCUCCUCCACCUGUACAAUCACCACCACCUCCACCAUCAUACUCUCCUCCUCCACCUUCACAAUCACCACCACCUCCACCCGCACAAUCACCACCACCUCCACCUUCACAAUCACCACCACCUCCACCAAUAUAUUCCCCUCCUCCACCUGUACAAUCACCACCACCUCCACCAACAUACUCACAACCGCCACCUCCGUCGCCACCACCAGUUUACUCGCCUCCACCACCAUCAUCCCCUCCUCCAUCUACAUAUUCACCACCACCACCGACUUCUCAUCCUCCACCGCCAACACAUUCGCCUCCUCCCCCUGCUUACUCUCCACCACCACCACCGACUACAUAUUCCCCCCCUUCUCCUCCAUAUGGUCUUUCACGAAGCACUCCAUAACACUGUUCACCUGACCAGUAAGUCAGCCACUUUUUACGCACCAUGGCCUAUCGCCACCACGUAUCUCAAAUACUCCAUAAGAGUUGCAUUAGGUUACUAGUUGCUCUUUAGAUUAAUAAAAAUGGUAUGCUUUGUUUCUCAUGUUGUCUCACUAAAGCAAUUAUAUAGUGUUUAAUAGUAGUUUUUUUUCUUAUUGUAAGAGUACAACUUUUGGAUAUCAUAUCAUGUUAUAUAUUUCAAGUUUUGUUUAA